AUGGCCCUUUGGCCAUUUCGACGUCGGAGUAGCCGCAAGCGCUCCCGCAGCGGCGCUGCUUUCUCAGAUGUAGAAGGCGCGCCGCUGCCUCACAACGAAGGGGCUAAAGUUGGGCUGAAGAAGCGACGUACCGAGCCUCCUAAACCUCAACAAGCCACCCGAAAAUACAGCUUCUCUCCCGGGCGCCAGGAUGACAUCCGUAACGAACGAGUCCGAGGCGGCUCACCAGCCCCCGAAAGAACCGGCCGAACGAUGACUACUGGUAAUCUGGAAGAGCGUACUGGACUCUGGGACCGCACACCCACAUUGCGUCCUGCCCGUCAAGCAACAAGGAAACAAAAAAGCAAGAGGAGGAAGGAAGAUCGUAACAGGGAGGCCGAAAUCAAGGCAAUGAGUAACUUUGUGCCUGUCCGGCCUGCUACUGAGCAAUGGAAUUCUGGCAGGCCCAUGAAGAGGGAUUCUAAACGGUCGAGAACCAGCAGAUUUGGCAAACAGCGAGCUGGACGUGACUCCGACAUCUCUCUCCCCGUACCAGGCUCAAUCCACUCCAGUUUCUCAUCCGAUUCGGAGUCGGGUUCAUACAGAGUGUCCGCUCUUGCUGCUCUUGCCCCACGACCGACGCUUCGCUAUACACCAAAUGCCCGGUGGACGGCACCUCAUUUACCAACACCUCACAGACAAGGAUCACUGAGAAAGAAGCUCCUCGAACAAGAGUCGAUUCCGGAAGAGAAUACGAGAUCACAUAGGCGUAUCGAUUCUUUUGCUGACGACCUUGACGCCCGCGAUCUCAGGGAACUCAUGGAAUUAGACAAUCGACGACGGGAGUUCAAGAAGCAGAAGGAGAGACAAAGGAUGGAACGACGUAUUACACGACGAGCAGAAAAACAACAGGAGGACGACAUUCAGGCUAGGAAGGCAGGUACACCUCCACCACAGAAUCUCGAGCGAGGCGUCUUGGGCCGUGAGCUGGUUGGCCUAGGAAUCGAGCCCGCCUCUGCUGUCGUAGUAGAUACCAAGCCUGAAGAUCCGGAGCCCAUGGAUAUAACUGAUGAUGAGAAAGAGCCUGAGUCUUCUACGAGGGCGGAGGAAGCCCUCCACCACGCAGAUACAGUUACUUCUGAACAGCCAGCACCUAUGGAGGAAGUUGUCACAAAGGAUACCUCCUCCAUACGGCCACCGUCAGAGGUGGGAAAUGUUUCGCCUGGUAACAGAUUUUCCGAUCUUUUGCGAUCAGCCAAAUCACGAUCGAGGUCAACCAUUCGAUCUGAUCGAGACCGGAUGGUGUCUCCUCCCCCGGAGACAAUUGACGAGGAGGACGUUCAUGUUCCAAGACAAAACUCCCACCACUCCGAUAGCAGUAAAAACGGGUUUGCCUCCAUCAAGGCAUUCCUACGAAUUGGCAGUAAGCGACAACGACACGAAGGACCAUCGUCUUUUGCCAAUACUUCUCGAGAAGAAAUGCAGGCGGCGGCAGCCCAGUCAAGGGCACAGGCUCAGGCCUACGCCCUCGCUAAGCUCGAGGGUGAAGACUCACCGAACUCUUCGGGUGUUAAUUACCUAUCUCGAAAGCCUAGCACCGGCGCUCCAAAGAGGACCCGAUCUCGCUUCCGGGAGGAUUUGCCUGAGAUGCCUCUAUCCCCGCCAGCUUCACGCGUACAAUCCCCUGAAGCUGAGCCCCCAAUGCCUGUUCUCACUGAACAAAAGAUCCGCGAAAUGGAACAGCUGCGUUCCAUCGGUGUACGUUACGACACACCAACGUCAGGCCACCGAUCUAUCGAGACCAAUCGCCUCACACCAUCAACAAUGGAAAGGGUUCAUGUUUCGCCAUCCCCUGAGGCUGGCAUGUCUAUGUCACUUGCAUCUAUUGAUUCUGAGGGUUCGUGGCUUUCAGGAAACGUUAACAGCCGACGUACCGCGAUACGUGACAGCAUCCGACGUGCCAAUCAGCGCGAGCAAAUCGAAAACAACAUUGAUUCCCCAACCAACAGCACGGACGAAGACCUCGGGAUCGUUGAGGAUGAUUAUAUGACUAGACUUACCCCUCGAAGAUCCUCAAACCCUGAUAUAAUGGCGCGCCGUUCUGAAGAAGGACGCCCUAGCAGCGAUGAAGAAGAGCUUGCGGACGACCGGGAGAUGAAGUGGGGAGCAGUUGGCUCCCAACCCAAGGUGGUGCAUAGGUGGACUAUGAAGAGCCACGAGGGUCUUCUUGAGAUCGAAUCUGAGGAAGAAGAGAGCCCAACAUCUCCCGUUUCCCCAUCGCAAGAGCUUGCCAAUGUCCAGGACGCUAGAAGCGUUAAUCUGGGCAGAGGUCAUGUACGCAACUUCAGCGCUGGGAGCGCAAAACUACUCGAUAUCACUCCCCGAGCAUCUGUUGAUGCCAGAGGGAGCUCAGAAAGGCGAGGAAGCCACGUCCUACCAGCUAUUUGA